GAGGCAACUCCGACUAAGGAGGUCGCCAUGUUUAGUGAAUCAACGCAACCAACUGAAAUUCCUGUCCGUCUUCGCGCGAAACUCCACAGAAAUCUCCCGGUUCCAAGGAACUGAACGCGCCAAUAUUUAAUUCUUGUCCAGUUUAAGAAACACAGAACCACACAGAUGCACCAUGCUUAAGUUAUUUUCCUUAAAACAGGAGAAAAAAGACGGAGAAGCAGCCGGAAAGAACGCGGGUGUCAAUCAAAAAAGAGCUUCGGCGGCGCAGUUACGAUUCACGAAAGAUAUUAACGACCUUAACCUUCCCAAAACCUGCCGGAUAGAAUACCCAGAUCCAGAUGACAUACUCAACUUUAAACUUGUAAUUACACCAGAUGAGGGGUUCUACAAAAAUGGAAGAUUCUAUUUCAGUUUUAAGAUUGGACCCGGGUACCCUCACGAUGCACCCAAAGUCAAGUGUGAAACGAUGGUUUACCACCCAAACAUCGAUCUCGAAGGAAAUGUCUGUUUAAAUAUAUUAAGGGAAGACUGGAAACCUGUACUCACAAUCAAUUCAAUCAUCUACGGACUUCAAUUUCUUCUUUUGGAACCCAACCCAGACGACCCUCUCAACAAAGAAGCAGCAGAAGUCCUUCAAAACAACAGACGACUCUUUGAGCAGAACGUCAACAAGUCCAUGCGAGGCGGAUACGUCGGUAGCCAAUACUUUGAACGAUGCCUCCAAGUAUGAUGGUGUCAGUCUGUCUGUCUACUUCCAUGUCUGUGUGUGUGUAUGUCUGACUCUCAUUGAAUGGAUAGAUCCAGAAGCCACGCCCACUAUGACAUCACCAGGUGACUGACCAAUGACAUCUAUGCUUGCACACUCUCCUCAUUAGCCGUUUCAUCCCACCACGAACCUAACUAGGGGAACGUACACCUGUGUCACAUUUUCAGUAUUUUGUGCAAAAAUCUUGAUUUCUCUAUAAAUUUGUCUAAUAGAUUAGAUAUUUGGGAGGGUUGACUUGGCACAAUACUGUUGCUACUUGGUGGGUGUGGCUACUACUCGGAUGUGGCCACAUUGUGGGUGUGGCUAAUUUGGGAUGUUGCUACUCUUGUGGAUGUGGCUACAUUAUGGGUGUGGCUACUCUGAGAAUGUGGCUACAUUGUGGGUGUUGCUGCUCUGUGUGUGUGGCCACUAUCUAGAUGUGGCUACAUGUGGGUGUGGCUACAUUGUGGGUGUGGCUACUCUGGGUGUGGCUACUCUGGGUGUGGCUACUCUUGGUGUGGCUACUCUGGAUGUGGCUGCUUUAUGGGUGUGGCUACAAUGUGGGUGUGGUUAUGUUUUGGGUGUG